AUGCUUACCGUGGCUGUCGAAGGGUGCUGCCAUGGUCAAUUAAACGCCAUAUACAAGUCGCUUCCGGCGGUUGUGGAUCUUCUGAUAAUCUGUGGGGAUUUCCAGAGCGUGCGCAACGCCGCCGACCUGAAAUGUCUGGCCGUUCCGCAGAAGUAUCGGCAAAUGGGCGAUUUCCAGGACUACUAUACGGGACGUCGAAAAGCGCCCGUGAUGACGAUUUUUGUCGGAGGCAACCAUGAAGCGUCAAACUAUCUCACUGAGCUGAAACAUGGUGGGUUCGUGGCCCCCAAUAUUUACUACCUUGGACAGUCUGGUGUGGUUUGGUAUAAAGGACUCAGAAUAGCAGGAAUCUCAGGCAUCUACAACGAGCCUCAUUUCUACACCGCGCGCACAGAAACACUACCGUACGAUCGGUCGACGAUUCGCUCGGUUUACCACUAUAGACACAGCAAUCUGCUGCCAUUGCAACUUCUUCGACCUUCAAAUGAAACAAUAAUGAUCUCGCAUGACUGGCCCGAGGGAAUCUACGACUACGGACUGAAGGACCAGUUGUUGAAAAAUAAACCGUUUUUCAAGACCGACAUCGAACGGCGAUGUUUGGGCUCGCCGCCGCUGAUGGGACUUCUGCGACAUCUGCGGCCCAGAUACUGGUUUAGUGCACACUUACAUACCAAGUUCGAGGCCAAUGUUCCAUGGAAGUCCGCACGACCAGAGGAAAAACUCAACGUGCAGGAAAUAGAUUUGGAUCUGGAAUUGACACCUUCUUCCACCGACAGUCUUCCGACCCGGUUUCUGGCCCUAGAUAAAUGUUUACCACGGAGAAAGUACCUGGAGAUCCUGCGACUGGCUCAGACAGAAAUGCCGGCCAAUCUAAAGGGACUGAAGUUUUCCUAUGAUCCAGAAUACAUCAGCAUCAUACAAACUGUCUCCAAGUACCAGGACCAGUUGGAAACAGAGCCGUCGGACGAGCUGGUCUCGGAGAUUCUAGAGAAAUGUCAAGAGCGGCGCGAGCAGCUCGAAAGCCUCGACCCGAAGGAGUAUCGCAAGCUCAUGAACAUCGAUGUGGAGUUCGUGCGUACUGCUCCAGCAAAAGAGUCGACCGUUCAAGAGUACAUUAAUCCCCAGACUGUGCGAUUUACUGAAAAAUUUCUUGCACAGCCGUUGAAAUAA